UGGUCCAAAGAUGGCGGUCGUUGUACGCAUGCGCAAUGUUGCUUUCCCUACACAUUCAUUUACUCAUCCGACCGACACUUUUUCUUUCUAUCAGUUUACCCAGACCAGAUAUUGGCCUCAGGACUGGGAUUUACCGUUUCCAUAACGUACCCCAGCGAACAUCAUGAUCUUCGUGUCUUCAUGGACUCGUCUCGGCGCACGUUGAAGCUUCUCAGGCUAGCCUAGCUCGUCAGAUGCUAACAAAGAGACGCGGAAGUUAACAUCGCUAAGCAGAGCUCAAGUGUGAGGUCUUGUGAUUGUUUGAAGAGAGCAGAUAUUUCAACGUAGACAUAACUCUAGUGUUGGAAAGAACAACAGCAGGGAACGAAGUGGAACUUUGGAGAAUAAAAGUGGAGAACGAUCGACAACGUCAACCAUCGGACGCUGUUCUUCUCAAGGAGCAUCAAGUUGAAACCAUCAGACGUCGGAGAGGAGUAUCACCCCCCCUGAGCGGCAGGGGUGGAGCUCCAGGAUGGAGUGGGACGAGCCACAGCCCCCCUGCAUUAAAGAGGAGGAGGAAGAGGAGGAGCCACUGUCCCGCUACGUGAAAGAGGAAGAGGAGGCGCCACGGCCCCCCCUGAAAGAGGAAGACGAGAGCAUGAGUCGGGAGGGAGAGCAUCUUGAAGAGCUGGAGGAGUUCCCGGUGAUUGGAGUCAUCGUGAAGGGUCAGGAUGAAGAUGAGGAUGAGGAUGAAACAGCUGGCCGUGGACGCAAGCUCCUCGCCCAAAUGACGUCCACCGUGGCCGACGCAGGAGAAGCGGACGUGGUGUCGGACAUCCUGAAGCAUCCGUUUUCCAAGCGGACGUUCCCAGAGAAGCUGGACAUCGUAAGGAGGGGGCGGCCCACCCCCAAGCUGGUGAGCCUGUCCCAGCAGGGGAAGGGCUUCGUUCGCCACUUCCAGAGCAGCGCCUACGAGCGCUACGCCUGGCUCACGGCGUCCAAGGGCCACUGCCGCCUGUACUGCUGGGAAUGCCUGCUGUUCGCCAGCGACCGCACGGGCGUCUGGAGCAACAAAGGCUUCGCCAACCUCAGCUGCCUCAGCAAGGCGGCGGUGCGACACCAAGGCACGGCGGUCCACCUGAAGGCUGCUGUGCUGCUGAGAACUUUCGGGGAGCCCAGAGUCGACCUGCGGCUCAGCGAGCAAGCGUGCAGAGAAACGGAUCUCCACAACGAGAAGGUGAACAAGAACAGGGAGAUCCUGAAAAGGCUGAUCGAUUGUGUGAUCUUCUUGGGCAGACAGGAGCUUCCAUUCCGGGGACGCGACGACGCCGCCGGCUGGGCCAACCGAGGGAACUACGCCAACCGAGGGAACUACGUGGAGCUGCUGUGGUUCCUGGCCGAGAACAAUGCGGAGCUGCACUACCACCUGUCCACCAACAAGGUCUUCUGCGGGGCCUCGGGGAAGAUCCAGAAUGAUCUGGUUCAGGCUAUCGGUGAGGUGAUGAGGGCCGAGAUCAAAAAGGAGGUCAGCGAGGCCCCCUUUGUUUCCGUCACGGUGGAUGCGGCGGCCGACGCCAGCCACUCGGCGCAGCUCGCACUCGUCCUGCGUUACGUGACGGCGGCGGGCGUCAGGGAGCGCUUCGUCACCUACGAAGACCUUCCGAGCGGCAGAAGCGCGGAGGACAUUGGCGCCCUUGUGGUGCGCUUCUUGGAGGAACAUGAAUGUCUGCAUAAAGCUGUGGCCCAGUCCCUGGAUGGCACGACAGCAGCGUCCUGCGGACCCCAGGGGGUGCAGGCCAAGUUGAAGGAGAGGGCGCCGUCGGCCUUGUUCCUCCACUGCCAUGCGCACCCCCUCAACGUGGCGCUCACCCAGGGGCUCGCCAAGCUCCGAGAAUGCAAGAUCUUCUUUGCCCACCUCAGUGAGCUGGCCGCCUUCUUCUCCGCAUCUCCCAGGCGCUCGCAGCUGCUGGCCGAUAUCUGCCAGCUGUGUCUUCCUGGGGCGCCCCCCCCCCGUUGGCAGCCCACCUGGAGAGUGGUCGCGACGGCGUCUGAGAGGAGAGAUGCCCUCAAGGAGGUCUUCAAGCACAUACUGGAGCAUCACGAGCAAUACGACGAGGACUCGGUGCGCUGCGCUGAUGGGUUUCACGCCCGUCUGGAUGACUUUGACUUCUGUUUCCUGCUGCACGCCUUCCACGGCAUUUUUGAGCAGGGCGACGUGCUCUUCAGGAUCCUCCAGAACAAGCCCCUGGACGUGCAGCUGGGUCUGACACGCGUGAAGGACUUUUGCGACAGCAUCGAGCUGGAGAGGGAGCGCUUUGGCGCCAUCUAUGUCUCCACCGUGCACAUGGUGGGCGCUCCCGGCGCACCGCAAGGAGACGCUCAGGCGCGCUACCGGCAACUCCACAGGAAUGUCCUGGACAACCUUCUCUGCCAGCUGCAUGAUAGAUUUGAAGACCACAAGCAGUUGAUGUUCCUCUCCCUCCUGGACCACCAGCACUUCCAGUCUUUCCGGUCCAAAUUCCCGCAUGCGGCCUUCUCUAGCUUGGCCAAGAGCCACGGAGCGCUGUUCGACCUUCCUCGCUUGAAGACGGAGCUGACUGUCAUGUACGCCAUGCUGGACUUCAAAGGGAAACGUCCCACCGAGGUCCUGGACUUCCUCCACCAAAAACAUCUCAGCGCCAGCAUGCCGCAGCUGUACAGGCUGGCGUGUCUGGCCGUCACCAUGCCCGUCUCCACGGCAACGGGCCAGCCCGCGUCCGCCCUCAAGAGAAUCCAAACCUACGCCCGGAACACGUCGGGACAGCCGCGCCAGGCGGCCUUGGCGUCCAUGUCCAUAGAGAAGGACUUUCUGAUGGAGAUGAAACGCAGAGAUCAUCUCUACGAGCCAGUCAUCCAGGUCUUCCUCCACAAAGACCACAGGAUGGACUUCGUCUACAAGUCGGCGUCUCUGACGUCAGUGAAGAAGAUCCUCCCUCUCAGCAGCAGUAGUGGACAUUGAAGCUUCUCGGGCUAGCUUAGCUUGCUAGCUGCUAAGAACUCCUGACAUCUCCCCGCCAUUCGAGAAACGACGCUUCCCGUCUUGCUGCCUUUCCAUCAGCUCUCUUGGACGCCAAGGAGAUCCAUCCCUGCCUGAAGAAAACGGUUCCAAUGUCUCGCCCGUUGGCCUACGUGCCGCCACCGUCACGACGUCACACUGCUGCCAUCUUGUGGCGGUUUUGAAGACAAUGAGAGCCGAGGAAGAAAGCUGUAAGACGCCACAAUCCAAAUUGUCUUCAUUUCCUUUUUUACGUACAAAAUAAACAAAGUCAGCAACUCAUCUCUGGUGGUGUCCUGCUACACUCCACGCUUGACGAGACAGGAAAACAUGCAUUUGCCAUUGU